AUGGUUAAUACUCGAAAAAGAAAAUUACCUACAAAAGAAGAAUCUGAUGUACAACAAAAUACAAAGAAGAAACGAGUGACAAAAACUCAAACUCAAGAACCCUCACCUGAGAUUUCUACAACUACGGAAACGACUAAAUCACAACAAUCUUUAAGUAGUUUAAUUCAUGAACCAUCAUGGUCGGAAAAUCUACAAGAUUUAUUUAAUGAUAGUAAUUUCAAGAAUAUUGAACAAUAUUUAAAUAAUCAAUGGUCAAAUGGCAAAACAACAUAUCCACCAAAUAAUCUGAUAUUUGAAGCAUUUAAUAAAACUCCAUUUAACAAUGUUAAAGUAGUUAUUCUUGGACAAGAUCCAUAUCAUGAUGAUGGACAAGCUCAUGGAUUAUCUUUUUCUGUACCUAAAACAAUGACAGUAUUACCACCAUCAUUAAAAAAUAUUUUUAAAGAAUUAGCAAAUGAUAUUCCAACAUUUCAAAUUCCAAAUCAUGGUUGUUUAGAAAAAUGGGCAAAUUCAGGUGUCCUAUUACUUAAUGCUUCAUUAACUGUCGAACCUCAUUUACCAAACUCACAUUCUCGUAUUGGUUGGACUAAAUUUACGGAUAGUGUUAUUAAACUUUUAUCCGAUAAACGUCAAGAUCUUGUCUUUCUUCUUUGGGGUGGUUUUGCACAUGCAAAAGAAAAGUUAAUUGAUAAAACCAAACAUACAAUUAUUAAAACUGCACAUCCAUCUCCACUUUCAUUUAAUAAAUUUACAAAUUGUAAAUGUUUUUCUCUUGUUAAUAAAGCACUUGAACAACAUGGUCAACAACCAAUCGAUUGGUCACUUUAA